GUACUCAACUGAUUCAAUUCGAACAAUUUUUUAGCAGCAGCAGCCAAACUUAAAAACAACAAAAAUACAACUUUAAAACACAGACUCACUUCGUCAACCCGGCAACCCACCCAGCAUGGAGCUACUGAACAACGAGGCCGAUUCGGAUACCGGCGUAUCGGAUAUUGCCAAUUUCUAUGCGGGCAAAACGAUAUUGAUAACGGGCGCCACGGGCUUCAUGGGCAAAGUGCUCGUGGAGAAACUGUUGCGCAGCUGCGCGAAUCUGAAUGCCAUCUAUCUGUUGAUACGCACCAAGAAGGGCGUCGAGCCGAGCGUGCGCAAGGAGCAGUAUUUCCGAUGUGUCAUUUUCAGCAAGCUGUUGGAGAAGAAUCCCGACAUCGUGCAUAAGGUGCGCAUUGUAAAGGGCGAUGUGCUCGAGCCGGACCUUGGCCUGAACGCCAAUGACAUAAACACGCUCGCCUCCACCGUGGAGAUUGUGUUCCAUUGUGCGGCCAAUGUGCGCUUCGAUCAGCCGCUGCGUCCGAUGGUCAACAUGAAUGUGCUGGGCACCCUGAAGGUGCUCCAGCUGGCCGAGAAGAUGAGCCACCUGCUCGCCCUAAUCCAUGUGUCCACCUCGUAUUGUCAGUGCAAUGAGAGCGUGCUGGAGGAGCGCGCCUAUGCGGCGCCACAGAAUCCCUUUGCCAUCAUCGAAAUGGUCGAGACCAUGGACGAUGCCGGCCUGGCGGAAAUAACACCCAAAUUGCUCAACGGUUUGCCCAACACGUACGCUUACAGCAAGGCGCUGUCCGAAGAUCUAAUUUGCAGAUAUAACAAAAAGCUGCCCGUUAUCGUCACAAGGCCUUCCAUCGUGACGGCGGCCAUACACGAGCCCAUGCCCGGAUGGAUUGAGGGCGUUAACGGACCAACCGGUCUGAUGAUUGGCGCCGCGCGUGGUGUCAUCCGUUCGAUGCACUGCAAUCCGGACUAUGCCUCCACGGUGAUACCCGUCGACAAGGCCAUCAACGGUAUGAUACUCUGCGGCUAUCAGCGCGGCAAGGUCAGCGCCGGCUCGAAGGCUGGCCAACAGAGUCAGGUGGAGUUUUGCAAUCUGUGCAUCUCCAGCAAGGCGCUGAUGUCCUGGGGCGAGAGCAUUGAGACGGGUCGCAAGUUUUUCUACGAAACGCCACUUAGCUUUGCGCUGUGGUAUCCGGGUGGCUCCAUCAAGAGAAACUAUUACCAUCAUCUAUUUUGCGUCAUAUUCUUUCACUAUUUGCCUGCGUAUUUCAUUGAUUUCUGGCUGCUGAUCUUCGGCCAGAAGCCAUUCUUGGUAAACGUUCAGCGGAAAAUCUCCACCGGGUUAAAGCUGUUGCAGUACUAUACAACAAAAGACUGGGACUUUAGAAAUGAGAAAUUUCAGGAGAUGAGCAACACACUAAAUGCCACGGAUCAGGAACUGUUCGACACAUCGGUUAGCCAGGUCAACUGGGAGACUUAUAUUAGCAACUAUAUACGUGGCAUGCGCACCUAUAUUCUGGGCGAAAGUGAUGCCACGUUGCCGUACGCUAAAAAAGUGCUGCGACGUCUAUAUAUCCUGGAUUGGGUCAGUAAGAUUUUGUUCUUUACUUUAACGUUUUGGUUCUUGUGGACACAUUUGGAUGGAUUUGUGGAGAAAAGCGAUACAUUUAUACGAUCAUCACUGUAUAGUAUCUAUAGUGAACACAACUCUACAAUACAUACAUAAUUAUACUGUUAUUAUAUUAUUAAAAGCCUUAA